GGCAACAAGUGUCCCAACCGGUUGGCGUACAAAAAGCUCAUACGCAUGAACAUGCCGGUAGACGAGGAGGGUAGGGUGGGCUUCACCACGACCCUGUUUGCGUUGAUUCGUGAAAAUCUGAGCAUUAAAAUGCGACCUGCGGAAGAGAUGGAUCAAGCAGAUAUGGAGCUGCGUCAAACAAUCCGACAGAUAUGGCCGAUCCAGGCGAAAAAGAUGGUGGAUCUGCUGGUGCCACCGAACAAUGUGCUCAACACGGGCAAGAUGACGGUCGGCAAGAUCUACGCCGGCAUACUGAUGCUGGAGACGUGGCGCAACAACAAGGGCGCCCGGUACGACUUUGAGCCGGAGCUCCAGGAGCACAAGCCGCACGAGAUACAGGAGCCGUACAUCGACGACGGCCAUCUGCAUCCGGACCAGAGGAAUGGGCACGUGCGAUCACCCAGCUUGCACAGACGCGGAUCCGCACUGGAACGAUCGCCAAGCCCGAGGCAUCUGCACCACGACAUCGGUUUCUCCGAGACCGUCUCGAACGUGGUGGAGAUUGCCCGCCGGGACCAUCUUAUUGGUAGGCACCACUAUGGUCAUGGCUAUGGCGGUAGAUAUCAUAGAGGUUCCUGGUCCGUAGCCACCAGUCCGGCACGUUCGCCCUCGCCCAGUCGCUUGGAUACGCAGAUCAGUGCCCACCAUCGGUGCAAUCGUAGAAUACAUCCGUACGGUACGACUAGUCUUGGUCAGCGCUCGCGGUCCCCGAGUCCGGCACGGCUGCAGGAGUGGAGAGAACGGGAACGUGACCGGUAUCGCGAAGAAAUCGUGUCCCGCCCGUACAUCCAGCACACGUACCCAGUAUUACAAUCACACAGAGACUUCGGGCGCCGGCUGCCGCCCAGACCAAUCAAGCCGACGACGCUGCAGCUCAAGUCCACCAACAUCAACUUUCCGCAGCUCAACACGAGCCCUACGCAUCAAAAUCUACAUCUGGCACUAAACACACACACCCUGCCGUACAGUGUUCAUUCGUUGCCGGGAUCACGGGGCGACAUACCGCGGGACCCGCGCAUCUACCAUCACACCGAGAGCGAGCACGAUCGUGAACGGGAACGGUUGCGGGAGCGGGAGCGGGACUACGGUUCGCGGUACGUGUUCCGCGACACCGAGCGGGAGCUGUUCGAGAUCGAGCGUGAGCUGGAGCGCGCACGCGAUUCAGCCCGGGACACCGAGUACGAACGCGUGGAACCGCUGUCCUACGAGCAUCUGUACACGCUGGGCCGUACCGGGGGCAGCUCGUUCGGUUCGUCCGCCCUGAACGGCUACAAACCGAAGGUGGGCAUGCAUUCCAUCUACUCCGAGUCGGACGAAGGCGACUGGUGCUAGCACCAGUUAUCUGCAGACACAACGAAAUCAAUAACACUAUCCAACAACAACAACAACAACAACUCCACUGCCAAACCAGCAGCAAUGAACGAGCAUAUCCGGGCCCAUCAUGCUCCCCGACACUACCCGACCAGUGCGAGGGCCACCGCGGGCGUCACUCUUCCGCCCCAAUACAGCACCGCUCCAGUACACUUGCAGCGGAGCUUACCAGCGCACCUGGCAGAUCUGCGUACGAUUGUGAUCAAACUAAUCUCCGGUUAGGUUUGUUUUGCUUUAGGAUCACCUCUCUGAGUGCAGCUAGUGAGUUCGUAACGCUUAAGAUAACGCUCGCUUCAUGCCGUACAUUCGGCCGUUAUAUUCGACAGAAAGGGGGGAAAAGGGAGACAGCGCAUUCGUGGCUGCGCAGUUCGUGGGCAUUUGAAGCGCAUGAACGCAUCGAGUUCCAUCCAAAAUGAGCAUAACUCUGUUGUGAGUUUGUGCGAGCUUUAGUACAUACCGUGCACAACGUCCCUCAUCAACAAGCUAGCAAGAGGCAAGUUUCAUUCCGAAGUGCAUAAUCGUAAGUUGUCGCCAAAAGAAGGAGCAAGAUGGAAGGGAAGAGAAGGCAUGAGGCAAGGCGGUGCGUGUAAUAUAGUAAACCGUGGAGCCGGAGAAAAAAAACACAAACGAAUCGUUCCCUUCUAUUUUGCAAAAUCCACUUUCUCCACUACGCAAAAGAAAAGGCGGGAAAGGGCACCACGCCGAUAUGUGAGGUUAGUUGAGGGGGUAAAAGCAAUAUGGCGUACACGUUGUUGUUCCAUUCGCGAUUGAUAUUUGAAUGAGAAGGGAUAUAGAGGGAGUAUAUGUGUGUGUGUGACAGGGGGAUUUAUCGAUAAAGAUGAAGGAAACAAAAGUUGAAGCAAUCUAGUUUUUAGCACAGACGUGCACGUGCGUGUAGUGUCUCGACUUUUGAGGUUAACUGUGGUUUUUUUUCGUGAAAAAAAGAAGAAGAAAAAAACAAACACAAAACACGAAGUAUUAAAUGCAUCCGUUCAUAGUGCAUCGAGCAAAACUAAUUUUUAGAACAAUUGUGCAAGCCCCGUUCGCGUUGAGGGUGCUGUUGUUUUACGUUAGGCAACUCGUUACUAUAGUUUAUAUGCAAGUUAGUGGACAGGGAAAGAGGGAAGGAUAGGAAAGAAAGUGCGAAGUAGUAGCGAUAUGGUGUUCGAGUUUAAGCUGCAUUUGUUUUUGUUCUUCGUGCAAGUGUUGCCAGCGUUUAUCACUCUAACAAUCAGGCGUUUUUAGUACUGUUUCGUUAAGGCAAUUACUUAGAACAAUGUUUUUUUUUAUUGUGCUGUUGUUGUUAAUUUCCUGUCUAGUUUAUAAUAAUAGCCUCAUUAUAGGAGAAGAAUCUUACCGACGCAGAAAAGAAACGAAAUCAGGCGGGUAGUUUUUGAAAUAGGAAUUGAAUAGAACGAUCUAAGUCUACGUUUCAUAUAGCAUACGAGUAGAGCGUUUGUGACCGUUUGCUUGAAGAGUUUGUCUUCGUUUUUUAGCAAUUCUUUUCUAGAACAGCAAACACACAAAAUAAAACUACAAUCAUAUCAAUCAUACUCAUACCUUGAACAUCAAACGCACGUUAAGCAACUGCUUGUUCCCGCACGUAGUAGCUACGGCUCUCUUGGCUAUUAGUUCCAUUGCGUUGCUUUGAAUUUGUAGGCAACGCCAGGUUUAUCCGUUCGACCCAUACAUACAUACAGUACCAGCAUCGGCGAAUCAUUGGCAAACUGCACCAACGAUUAGCAUUGCACUAUUGGUAGAAAUUGAGUAGCAGUAACAGCAGGACAGAUAUUUCCAUUUAUUUGUACUGCUUAAUUGCGUACCGGUAGGCUAGUUGAUAGAAUGUCUCUCUCUCUCUCUUGUUGCAAUGGCAGAGUUUAAAUAAAGCUUUAAAAAUUUGGGAAAGGCGAAUGUUACGGAAGGGUGGGUACGGCGAAUUGAUAUAGCUUCUAAACGUUGGUGGGGAUACAGCCGUGGUAGGUGCAAUUGGAUCGAUACAAUCAAAAAAAUCGAUUGCUUCAACAUAAGACAACAAAACACAACAAUGAGUGAAAACAUUUUUGCAAAUAUGAAUCGGUUAUAGCAAUAAUAAUAAUUAAAAAACAAAUACUAGCACCAACACCAUUCCCUGUGACGGUGCUAGUCAUUGCGAUAUAAUGUUUACAUAAUAAAAAUCGACAGCAGCGAUUAAAUGGGGAGAAACAGAAGGAGAGACGAAAACAAAACAAACAUAACAAAUUUCUUUUAUUUCCCACUUUUGCCUGCACGCUCAUAUGCAUGCCCGUUCUGGAUUGGAUAGUGGCGCUGAAGCGCACCUAACAAAAUUGCAGUUUUGAUGUUUGUUAUGUUAUAAUAUUAUGCAUACAGUUUUACUACCAGCCUCCCAGGAGCCACUCAACUCAACAUCGCUCUGCCCGAUCGAGGACAUACUCGGAGCAAAUGCACCCUAUACAUUCGAAUAAAUAAAAACGAAAUGUUUACUUUUAAAGUAUAAUCAUACAUAGUAUUCCAUAUAUAAAUAUAGUAGAAUGGGGCGGGGUUCAAAAACCAUGAAGCAAUUAGUGAGGAAUCAAGAAUACACACACUAAUACAGCAGUGCGGAACAGAUUGGACGGGAAAAGUUCAACACAGGAAGUAAGCAAGCAAACAAACAAGCAAACAACAAACAGAAAAGAAAAAAAAACAACAACGGGAAAAGUGAUAAGAUAACAUUUAGACAUUUAGCUAAAACCAACCAAUUUAGUGCGUAGGCUAAUUUAAGCUAAUUCAAAUCGACCUCCAAAAACUUUGCCGCAAUUUUAGAAGUUACAAACACAACCACAACAAAACGAAAAAGUGACAUGAACAUAACUGAAUAUAAAAAAAAACAGAACGCAUAAUACAACCAAAUCAUUAAAUUCGAUGCAAAAUAAUACAAUUAGCUAACAGCGAAGCUAACCCCAAACGCACACCACGUACAACACAAAACCGCAUAACAAAAACGAAAGAGAAAGGAAAACAGACGGGGAAACCGAUAACCUGAACUCAUGUUGAUAUAUAUACAUACAGCUAUAUGAAGAGGGAGAGAAAGAAAGGGAGAGAUAGUCCGCCAGCAGGAUAACGUUUACUAACGCAAGCAACCAAUUGAAUUCUCACUAGCUAAACGAAACAAUUCCAAUUUCACAUUUGCAAAACACUACUACUAGUACCGUGCCGUUCGGGGCGGCAGCAGGCGAACUGUACAUACCAUAGGCAAUCGAGGGUUGGUUAGCUGGUUUGAUGCUCCACGCGUAGAGGAACAGUCGUUACAUUUACCAGAUCGCAAACUAAUUAUAACGCGAACUCCUUUACCUACCUUCAACGCGGAUAGCAAAGGGAUAAUCGCCAAAACGCCGCAUAUUUAGAAGUACCAAAUUAGUUUGUCUUCAUCCAUUGAUCACCUGCAGGGUUUAGCGUCACAAAGUAGGUAGCGCUUGUUGGAUGGCUUUACUAUUUGCUGAAGCUGUGCUUUUGAUUAAAUUAAAAUUACACAGCAAUUACCGUACCGUUUACCGGUCAUCGCGAAUAAAAAGGGCCAAGGGAACUGGUACUGGUAGAUGAUAUCGAAAUGAAAUAUGCAUUCUUACUGCCACUCUUCCAUACAACAGGAAAUCGUACUGUCCUAUUGUUCUGAGAUGUAUUUUUUCACUUCCUUUCUUUCUUCUCGAGUUACUUGCCUUUCACCGAGUACACGCAUAACCGGGCUCAGAAAGUUGCUUCUAUUCUGUUUCAGAUUAACUAUAAUGUUCACGUAGGAAAACAAAGUAUCACAACACAGAGGAUAUUUAAACCUCCUCUAGGGAGGUGGUGGAUCAUGGGGCAGUAAGCAAAUUUGCAUUCCGUUGGUAUCGGUUUGGAAGCGCGUUCAGUUUUCAGCGAGCGAGUAGUUUUGCAAAAAUUGCACAAAAACAAAUAAAAACAAAAAA